CAGUGGUAUUACAGUGGGUUAUAAUUUGGUUUGAUGUUUGUGUAAUGCAGGAUUCUGGACAAACGUGUGUUGUGUGUGUGGGUCAGUGUCCGGUGAGGUGGACCAAUGAGAACCUUUGAUGAGAUGAUGCUGGGUCUAAUAUGCUGAAUGAUUCUGAGCACGUCAGAGGUAUUGUGGGCACGUCCAACUGGAAGGAGGCCGAAACACACUGGAGUGAUGAUAUAUCUCAUGUGGUCUGAGAACGCUGCAGGAUCCUCCAGGAGGAGCUGGAAAAUGUCGCUGAGGAGUGAGAUGAGGCUGGGCCUGCUGGCUCUGUGACCUGGCCUCAGAUACGAGAAGGAAAACGGAUGGAUGAAUUCUGAGCAUGUGAACUAAUUGUUCCAAACAUCAGUGGAACCGACAAAAUGUGAUGCGUUCAGGAUGUCUGACGGGAGGCAGCGAACUUUGUCCACCUCUGGAGAGUCUCUGUAUCAGGUCCUGGGUCUGGAGAAAGGCUGUUGCCAUGACGACAUCAAGAAGUCCUACAGGAAGCUGGCGCUGCGCUACCACCCCGAUAAGAACCCCGACAACCCGGAGGCAGCGGAGAAGUUCAAGGAGCUGAACAAUGCUCACGCCGUCCUGUCCGACCUCUCCAAGAGGAACAUCUACGACUCAUACGGAUCUCUGGGGCUCUACGUCGCCCAGCAGUUCGGAGAGGACAACGUCAACACCUACUUCAUGCUGUCCACCUGGUGGGCCAAGGGUCUGUUCCUGGUCUGCGGCGUCCUGACGGGCUGUUACUGCUGCUGCUGUCUCUGCUGCUGCUGUAACUGUUGUUGUGGGAAACUGAAGCCGAUGCCCACAGGUGAGGGGGCGGGGCCAGAAUACGUCUCCCCCGACGACCUGGAGGAGGAGAUACGCAACGACCCCGACAACGACGUUGAAACUCCGAUUGUUCAGCAGCCAAUGAACGCCAGCGAGAAAACUCAGCUCAUCAGUGACGGACACCGCAGAUAUGGAGACACCUACACAUGAACCAGGAAACAGGAAACGCAUCACUGCAGGUGCAUGAUGUCACUGCAUCAAAACGUCCCCUCGCUCUGUGUAACAGCUGUUAGUCAAUACAAACUGAAUGAGACGGAUUUCAUGUCAACAGAGAAACACAGUGAGGACAACAGUAUGUGGACACUAAGGUCCAUAUACUGUUGUCCUGCUGUGACUCAGACGAUAAACAGAACGACACUUUGAUAUUUCCUCUCAUCAUAUCGUCUUCAUGGUUAUUAACCUUUAUGUUGUGUGUGCGUCAUUAAAAUAAUCACAUGUCCCACUGUUGUUGAUGUAAGUUGCAGUGCAGCGAGGCUUUUAUUAAACUGACACUCUGAUUGGUUGUUUGAUGGUUUGAGUGCUGACGGAGGGGCGGAGCUUCAAACAGCAGACUGAUUCAGUCUUUAAUAUUUUAUAAACUAUAAUCACGAUAACGUUCAUCAGUGUUGUUGAUGUAAAUAAAGUUUUGGUUUGGAUGAUGGAACAGGUGACACCUGUAGUGAUGUCAUUGAUGAUGUCACCUCCUCACACCUUUCUUCAUCAUGUUAAUGAUCCCUGAUGAUCAGAUGAGUCACAGCUGAUGACGUCUUCACUGAUUGGUCACAAAAACCAACAUGUGUAGCGUGUAGCGUGCAGCAUGUAGCGUGUAGCGUAUAGCAUGAUUUUUCUUGAUAGUUCCGGCUCAUUGGACCAAACAAGUGUUUGAAUCAAACACCUGGUUUCUUCCUUUCAACUCAUCGUGUGUUUUAAAUGUACGAUCAGAUGUUUCUUAUUAAUCAUCAAUGAAGCAUCGUUACAUCAGCUAUUAAUUAAUAAAGACAAACGUGCCGUUUGGUGCCCUGAUACCAACGUUUAAAAUAAUUUCACCAACAGCUGAUACCGAUUAUUUUACAUAAAUGUUUGUUGUUGUUAUUUAUUCUUCUGUUGUUUCCAAUCUACACUAUAAAAAAUAAAGUC